AUGCGCACCCUCGUGCAACCUAGCGCCGAGUCUCAAAGCCUUACCCUAACAACCUCACCCCUCCCAACCGCCAAUGUAUCAGCAGGCGAGCACCUGAUCAAAGUCAAGGCCUGCGCGCCCUGCGCCGGCGAACUCCUCUGGCCCAAGAACUUCCCACCGCCGAAUCCCCGGGAGCUAAUCCCCUGCCCCGACGUGGCCGGGACCGUCAUCUCCGCACCAGCAAACUCGCCCUUCCAGGCGGGCGACGAGGUCUACGCGCGGACCAACUACCUCCGUCCCGGAAACGCGCGGGAUUACAGUAUCUGCCUCACCGAUGAGCUGGCGCAUAUACCGCAGGGUCUGAGCGCGGUGGCAGCGGCGGCGAUCCCUGUGUCGGCGCAGACGGCGUGGCAGAUCCUGUUCAUCCAUGCCGGGAUUGCCGGCGACGGGGAGGCGAGUUUCACCGCGGCGCAGGAGGCGUGGAGAGGCAAGAAGGUGCUGGUGACGGCUGCAUCGGGGGGCGUGGGCAUGUGGGUGACGCAGCUAGCUGCGUUGCUGGGCGCGGAGGUGGUGGGGACGUGUGGUGCGGCGAAUGCGGCGCUCGUGCGAUUGUUGGGCGCGACGGAGGUGCUCGACUACCGGCAGACGGAGCUUCGUGAGUGGGUGAAUGAACACCCCGAAAAGAAGGUGGAUGUUGUGGUUGAUUGUAUUGGGCGGAGGUCUCUCGAGGAUGCGUGGUGGACGGUCAAGGAUGGGGGCAUGGUGCUCAGUAUCUUCCAGCCUCCGGAGCAGGUCAGACCUCCAGGUUUUGAAGGGUCCGAGGUCCGCAGUGUGUUCUUUGUUAUGGAGCCGGCCCGACGGCACCUUGAGGAAAUCUCGAAGCUGGUGGAAUUGGGCAAAUGUCACGGCAUGGUGGACAGUGUAUGGCCGUUGGAACAGUAUCAGGAGGCAUUCAAGAGAUUGGAUGGGGGGCAUGCCAGGGGGAAGAUUGUGUUUGACCUUUCUCUCAAUCAGUGA